AACAAACGGUUUCAAAGAAAAGCUGGGAGAAGGAGGUUUUGGCUCUGUAUACAAAGGAAAACUCCGGAGUGGUAAUUUUGCUGCAGUAAAAAUGUUGAACAUGUCCAAAGGUAACGGUCGAGACUUCAUCAAUGAAGUUGCUACAAUUGGGAGCAUUCGUCACAUUAAUGUGGUUCGUCUUGUUGGUUUUUAUGCUGCGAAAUCUAAACGUGCUCUCGUAUAUGAUUUCAUGUCUAAUGGAUCUCUCGAGAAGUAUAUAUUUUCAGAAGAACGUAGCAAUUUGAUAACCAUUGAGAAAAUGUAUGAGAUUUCUCUAGGAGUGGCUCGCGGGAUUGACUACCUUCACCGAGGCUGUCAUAUGAAAAUAUUACAUUUUGAUAUCAAGCCACAUAACAUUCUUCUUGAUGAAAAUUUCUUGCCAAAAAUCUCAGAUUUCGGACUUGCAAAAUUAUAUUCGACCGAUGAGAGUAUUGUGUGUCUCAUAGCAGCGAGGGGAACAAUGGGUUACAUGGCUCCAGAACUAAUCUACAAGAACAUUGGAAGUAUAUCUCAUAAAGCUGAUGUGUAUAGUUUUGGGAUUUUGUUAAUGGAAAUGGUGGGAAGAAGAAAGCACUUGAAUGCAUUUGCUGCCUGCGCAUGUCAGCCAAGUCUAUUUUCCGACAUGGUUUAUGAAACAAUUUCAAUAAAGGAAAAGACAUGGAAUUGUGGAGAUAUGAUUCGGAGGAGAAAGUACAACAAUACAAACGAAGAUGACAUAUUUAGUAGCUUUAGUAGCUCUUUGGUGUAUACAAUUGGAACCCAUUUAUCGUCCAUCCAUGCAUGA